AUGGCUUCUAAAGGGUUCAUUUUCAUGCUAGCCUUUGUGCUUUUGGUUACAAGAAUGGUCUCGUCCGCAGGAGACGUCGAAAAUAUUGAAAUCGAGAACAACGACCAUCGCCACCAUGAGCAUGCCAAAGCACCGGCUCCUGCCCCCGUCUACACUCCACUACAUGCACCAGCUAAGGCCCCCAUCCACCACCAACACCAUGAGCAUGUCAUAGCACCGGCUCACGCACCUGCCCACCACCACAAGCAUGCCAUAACUCCUGCUCAUGCCCCCCUCCCCCACCACGAGCAUGCCCCUGCCCACGCACCAGCUAAAUCCCCUGCUCACUCACACAAUGCACCUGCCUCUGCACCAAUUCCUCCACCACAUGGUUGUGUGGCACAAUGUGCAUCAUACUGCAAGCCGAUUAGCCCGAAAAGGCCCUGCAUGAGGAAAUGUACCAUGUGCUGUGCCAAGUGCAAAUGUGUGCCUGGUUCUACAAAGUGCCACAACUGGAACAGUGUCGAAAUCCACGGCCAUCUCGUCAAGUGCCCUUGA